GAUGAAUCUUCGAGUUAUUGGUUUGGAAGCUUUCAAUGGGCUGGUCUUGCAACUCGGCCUUGAAGAUAAUAUGUGAAGUGGGGUGAAGUUGAACAUUUAUGGGUUUUUGGAUUAGAAUCUCUGCUUCUUUAGCUCUGCCGGUGUUGGGUGGAUCGCCUUCUGGGUACCGCAGGGAUGGGAAAAGAGAUGUUGCAUGUUGCAUUGUGAGGUGCAAGAAUUAGUUGGGCAUUGCGAUCGAGGUUCUGGGUUUUAGGCUCGUCGUCAUGUUGCAGGGCUCGCACGUUCGACGUUCCGAAGCCUGGACAAGCACUUUACAUGCUGUUGAAACGCGCAAUGAGAUUAUUGCUAGGCGCUUGUCAUCUCGAAGAACUGGCAUUUGUAGAAUGAGGAAUUUUGAUCGUUUGUGCAAGUGUUCUGGCGCCGUGACCAUGGUUUGCUCAUCGCUGGAUACGUCUUUGAAGAUACCUUGUAAUCAACUUCGCCCGUCUUUGGGAUUCAGAAAUAGAGUAUUGGGUGAGAUUGGCCCGAGGAAGUUACAUAGCAGGCAUUGGAAUGUGUCGAUUGUGAUGGCUGGGCGUCAAGAUGCAGAGAAUACGAGAACUGGAACUAUGAAUAAUGAGACAAGCGAAGGUUUGCGAGAGGAGCUUCUGGUGCCGUCAAUAGUGGACGAAUCCCCGCAGAUCAUGAGGGGCGUCCCAAUGAAUCUAGCAGCUGGUGUAGGUGUCACUGCAGCAGUUAUUAUGAUGACAGUUCUUGGGUUUGUGGCCAAGCCCCGGAACGACGAUGGUGGAGGCUCUGUCUCAGAUCUCAUCAAGAGGGGUCAACUAAGAUCUGACAGGGGAGAUGGAAAAUCGCUGAAAUACGAGGACCCCUUUAAUAACCCUUUUGUUGGUGGAAAGGGAGGAAAGGAGAAUUCAGUUGUGAAAAUGUACGGUAGGCUCUUCAGGGUAGCUCCCACAACACUUACUGAUGAGAAAAGAUUGAGUCACCAGAACAGGCGUGUCCAAGCUUACAGGUGGAAGCGCCCCGUUGUUUUUUUGAGUGAAGGCGAGCCUGUUCCUGAAGGAGUGGAUCCUGAGGAAGUCCGUUGGAUACCAGCUAAUCACCCGUUUGCAACAACUGCAAACUAUAUCGAUGAAGAUUUGGCCCAGCAGAACGUAAUGCAAGUUAGGGGCGUCCCUUCUCGGCUGAAAGCUGAGCACGAAGCACUUCGGAAGAAGAUGAUGGAAGCUGCAAGCAAGGAGCCAGAGUUUAAACUACCUGAUAGUUCCGUGGAUCAGUGGGGCUCCCCUCCUAGCCCUGGUGAAGGCGGUGCAGACGAGACUGAAGGAGAGCGUGGAGAUAGGCGGCAAUUGGAUCGCAGAAGGUCGUCUCCUGUUAAUAAUGGAUCUCCUCGUCUGCGGAACAUAGAUGGAUCUGAGAUCUUGGAUGAGCCCCAAUGAUUUUCCUGUGCGGGACAUCUCCAGCAACUCGGUCUUCUACUGGCCCUUACUGAAAGAGAACCCACAUUUCCAGCUGAAAGAGUGUACCUGUUUCUGAAAACCAUGGAUACAUGGUUCAAAUGUGUCUUUUUAAAAAACGUGUCUGAAUUGGCACGAAAGCGAGAAGACAUUGAUGAGAUAAUAUUUGUUUGAGAGUGCUACCAAAUGCAUUUCGACAGAGAAUGAACACUUCAGUUUAAAUUAAGGAUUCUUAGGUUGAUGUAGAGGCUUUUGUCUUUUUCAGUGUACCAUAUUCUGCACAAUUGCAGUUUUAAUUUCUGCUUUCUUUGAUUUGAGCCCAA